CAGAGACAACAAGUGAGCUAGGAAGCCUCGAUCCACAGUCAAGGAACCCGAAAUCGAAAUCGAAUCCCGACAAGGAAAGCCAUCUGCAGAAUGCAUUGCCUGCUUCAACUGAGUCUGGCCCUGGCCCUUUGCGCCCUCCUGGCCCCAUCCGCCACCUUGGGCGAGCGCCGCAAUGUGUUCCGCCUGGGCGGCUCCUCGGAGCUUCCUGCGGAGGCCCGCUUCACCUCGUCGAUCACCAACAAGCUGACCGCGCUGAAGGGCAGCAGCAGCACCACCACGGCGGAGCCCACCUCAACCAGCCCCACCACCUACACCACCACGGAGACGGACUCGCCCACCGCGCCCUCCUCGGUGUCGGGAACCUCCACCAGCUCCUCCACACCCACCUCCUCUUCGCCCACCACCGUUCGCGCCUUCGCCCCCAACGAGCAUGAGAUCAACGACGAGGACGACGAGGAGAUGCCGCGAUCCUUCGAGGAGGAGGAGGACGACGAGGACGGAGGCCUUGAGGACGACGACAACGACGAGGACGACGAGGAGAGCUUCUACGUGGCCGCCCCCUCCGCCGGCGGCAGCAGCAGCGCCGUCCAGCAGUCCUCCGCCGCCGACGCCUCGGUGGUCCGCCCCUCGGAGCUCCAGUGGCGCCAGUACCAGCAGGAGCAGCGCAACCGCCGCCGCAUCCAGCGCCUGCAGCGGGAGCACAACCAGCGCAUCAGGGCGCUGCUGCGCCGCCAGCGGGCGGCCGAGAAGCGCAGCCAGCAGCGCCUGCGCCGCCAGCGCCAGCAGAGCCGUCGCCGCAACUCGCAGCGGCAGCGCCGCAACCGCAACCGCUCCAAGGCCCAGCGCCAGCGGCAGCGCAGGAACAACAUGAGCCGCCGCCGCCGCCAGCAGCAGCAGCGCCAGCGCCGCCACCGCCAGCAGCAGCGCCGCCGCCUGAUGCGCCUCAUGCGCCGCCGUCGUCGCGGCAACCGUCGCGGUUAG